UAAAAAUGGAUGAUUAUGAAUUUGAUUUCGAAUUUGAAAAAGAAAGCAUUUGUAAAGAAAAUCCACAUAAUCUCAAAAACACCGAAAACAAUCUUCCAAGCCACGAAACUAGCAAAAUAACCGAUAAAGACCAAAUCGUCGAAAUCAUCCACUCUAGACAAGCCAGUGAUGAAGACCCCUCAGCUCGCUCAAAAACCAGUCAACAGUACGAAGAUGACUUUGAAGAGGACUAUGGUGAAGAUUUUGAAGAUGAGUCUUGUAGCCUCACAAGUGGAGCCAAGAGAGAUAAAGAGCCUAGGGAAAAGAAGGAGGCAAGUAAAGAAUGAAAACUGGAGGAGAAGAAAGUGGAUAGUGUGGAUAAGGUGAGAGAAGAUGAUUUGGAGAGUAACUUUCAGGAAAAGAUUGAUUGCUUAACGAAGAAAUCAGAUUCACCUCUUAAAAGUUCUCAGAAUAACAUUCAUCAAACUACCCCUAAAAUAUCUAAAUGCUCACCAAACCCCUCUCUAAAACCCCAAAAUCCCUCAAAUCCACCUCCCGCUGAUCCCUCAUCCCAACCUUCCCACCACCCAAACCCAUCCCAACCCCCCAUUCUCCAAACCUCAAACCCCUCAUACAUAACCUCCAACUCCAAAUCCCCUCCCCAAAGACCCAUAUCCCCCAAAAAAUCCCUCAACCCCCAAAACCCUUCUUCCAACCCAGCCCCUAAUCUUCCCCAAAACCCCCACUCCGACGUCAAUAUAGCCAAUUUCCCUUCGUACCAUAAAAUACAGAACAUACUUGAGAAAUUAGAACAUAAGUUACAGCCCAAGGAGAGGUUAGAUGUUAUACAAGAAGCACACAGAAGAGAUUCUUUAGAAAGCGUGCAUAUCUGUGAUAGCGAGAAGGAUGAGAGAGAUCAAGACAGAUCUAGACAGCCACAGAUUGGAUUUUCAGGGGUUACUUCGAAGACAGAAGAUUUGACAGAGAAGGAAAAUAGAAGAGAGAGUAAGGAUAGUGGCAUACACCAGUCAAAGUCAAAUGUUUUGAAACCUAUGAAUGAGAUUUCAGCUGAUAGAGUUAGGAAAGGGCAUAAGGCCUUUCUUGCUGGCUUCAAAAAUGUAUUUGAGCAUAAAGCAAAGGAGCAGAGCAUUGUCUCUUCUGACCAAAUUUCCCAACCAAAUCAAGAGAGUAGGAUAAAAAUACAAGCCAACCCUGUUCCACCUCAUAAAAUAAUAGUGCACAGGAGACGGACGAAGAAGAAAAUAAAAGUGAAUAAAUCCUUACAAAGGCCAGUUAUAAAAAUCUCCAAGAGACAUGUGAGUGCUAGGCCAAAGACAAGCCGAGUCAAUAAUAAUAUGAAUACUUUGUUGUACAAAAUGUUUGAGAAAUACUCAGGCAAAAUUCCAGAACAGUUUAAAAGAAAAAUGCAGAGAUAUAAGCGUCAUACUACUAGACUAAAGACAGCUAGGAGGACUUAUAAGAAGAUAUGCCAGAAACAGAACUUUGUGACAAGCUCUCUUACAUCCCAAAUUGUUAAGCCUCAUAUCUUUGGAAAAAGAGUUUUUAAUAAAGUUAAAAAGAAAAUGAAAGAAGCUAAAUUUAAUACAAUCGAAGUUUAUCAAGACCAAGAAAAUGAAUCACAGAAGGAGUAUGGUCAAUUAAGAGAAGGAGAAGCUACAUACCGGUCAAGACCUUUUGAGUACUCUAAAGAAUUCUCAAAUGCUUUAUCAAAUAUUGAAAAAUUUGCUAUGUAUGAACAGAAUACAAAAUCUCAAAAUAAGAUCAGCCCAAAGCCGUUGAAGUUUUCUGAUAUUCCCUGAGAAGAAUAUUUUCCCAACAGGGUACACAAAUCAACUAUAAGAAGAAACCAGAUCUCUAAAGUGUAUCAAACAAUGAGGACAUAUUCUUAAGGUUUCAAUUUACAAUAAUUG